AUGACGGACGUUUCAAGCAAUCGAAGUGUACUUUUAACCACCGUAGAGGUCUUCUCCAUCAUAAUUUUAAACUUUCUGUCGUUAACGGGGAACAUAAUGGUGUGCAUUGCAGUCUACAAGAACACACGACUACGCACAACUACCAAUCUGUAUAUCAUCGCACUUGCUGUAAGUGAUCUAAUGUCCGGUGUAUUUGUCAUGCCUUUUGCAACGGGUGUGCUUAUCAAAGGGGAAUGGAUUUAUGGCCCAGUGAUCUGCGACUUUCAAGCGUACAUUGCUUUGUUUGUGGUGUACAUUUCACCCGUCACUAUGGGUUUAACAGCAUUUAACAGAUAUAUGAGGAUUUGUAAGUCGGAGGAGCAAUACAAGAGAAUCUUUUCACCGUGGAAGUCACGAGCAUUAUUGGCCUGUGCAUGGAUCCUCGUUGCUUGCUACAUCCCUGUUCCGAAGUUAGCAGGUUUUCAAGACUAUGUGUUUGUCCCAGGAUAUGCCCUGUGCGCUCCGGCUCAUCUCAAUCAAACGGGAAAAGUUGUCCACUUCGCCAUUGUCCUCUUUUUUUUCCUUUUAACUCCUUUAUUGACUACAAUAUUCAGCUACAUAAAGGUUGCAAAGAUGAUCCGACAGCACAAUGCCGCUAUGUCAUCUACGAUUCACAGGGGCGCAACAGGCUCAAGCAUCAACGUGCAAGAGCUCAGGCUGAGUAAGGCACUAUUUGUGGUUGUGUUCGCGUUCAUGAUAUGCUGGAUCCCAUUUUGGGUUGUUGUUGUUUUAAGGGGUUUCAAUGUCGUCACGUCGAUGCCACGGAACAUUAAACUCCUGUCCAAUUUCUGCAUAUAUUUAUCCCAUACAAUAAAUCCUUUCAUAUACGCAGGGAUGAAUCGCACUUUCAGAAGCGAAUUCCGAAAAAUGUUAUGCUGUCAACGAAGGCUCUUCAAUUGCAAACACUCACAGAAUUGUGAAUCAAAUACCGGAUCGGGAGAAGGCAAAGAGGGGUCGAAAUGUACAGCAGAAAUUCUUCUCGAUACUACAGCAGCUUCUACCAGGUCAGAGGUGGAUGAGCGAUAGAUCAGUGCACAUAGGAGAAUUCCGUUUAUACUGAAUACUACGCUGUGAACGAAGACGCAAUCCUGUGGGUGUAUGUGAAAUCGAAAAUUUCUCUAUUUUAAUUUCCUCUUUUGUCUCAAGUAAAGAAAUUUUUUUAUCUAUGUUUGCCCGGCGAAUGGAUACUCAGCUUAACAACUACCCAAAAUUCGGGUUAAAAACGCUUUUGCGUGUGUUUGAACCUUCAGGUUAAUCUGUGUUAUUUCGAUCGGAAGAUAAAAGAGCUGUCACUCAGUGUUAAAAUGAAAGUCUCGUAUUAUGUCUCUGGAUCAGGGUAACAGAGUUUUGCUCGAACGUUUUCAUUUCUUCCUGCUUUUCAAUGGCGAAUAAAUCACAACUGUCUGGGGAGAAAUCAUACAAAUUUUGGGCUUUGUGGGUUUUUUUAUAUUCAUCCGCAUAUAUUCUCAUUUCAGCUUCUGCUUAUCUAUUUGUAGAUUUCUUCAGCAAUUUCACAUAAUUGUUUCACAUGUUCCUUCCGGCUUGAUGCAUCUGAAUGUUAUUCCUCGACAAUAACUUUCCUGCAAAUUAUUCAAAUGAAGUUGUACUUUCGCACAUGUGCCCGAAGUAACCACGUGCAAUUAAUCAAAUGAAUAUUCAAGCAGUUUCUCUGAAAUUUGAGUUCCUUUCAUAAUCGACCAUAAUCAGAACUUCCAUGUUUCAAUUUGCUUAUGAAGGAAGUUUUUCCAUUCACGCAAAUGCUGUCUUUGUUUCCCUUCAAGGUUUUUUAAACUGUCGCUCAAGUAGCUUUUGCAAUGUAAACAUGUGUUGAACGGAUUUUGGUAAAACUCAGCAUUGUUUCUACAAGUGGUUUGCGUGCUGCACAGAUAUACUAUUCACAGACUGACAUCUUUAAAGGCGAAUAGUGUACAAUGUACUACGUAAGAAAGUACCUUGUAAUGAUUAGCUGGUUAUGCUUUAGUCCUCGUUUGAGCAAGAUUAUAGAUUUUACACCAUGGAAAAACUGAAAACUAUGGAAUUCUACACCCGAUUCAUAAAGUAAUAAGAUCUUUCAAGGCUUUUAAAAUAGUAUUACAAAACUGGACCUGUUAGGUUUACUAUAAUAAACUACUACCAGUAAUAGCAAAUAGUUUUGGCUUAAUCUUUGUAAAAUUUUCUAGUCUUAUGUAAAAAGUUUUCUUUGUCUUUUCAAUUAGUUAUUUUGUACAUAUUUUAGUCAUAAUUAUCUAUUCUUUUUUAAUUCCAAUCUUAUCACUUUAAUGUAUCACUCCCCGUAAACUAGCUAGUGAGUAGUUAGGUGUAUUUUACACAAUAAACUUAACUUGGACUUGCACUUGGUUCAAGACGUUGAAGUAUUUGCUGUCCGUUUCAUGGCAGUCAGUGAGAUCCUGUGCAUCAAGGCUGUGACGAGCCUUGUCAGAUCGCUACAAGCGUAGUCGCUCAGAGUCAUUCCUCCCAAGUAAAGGUACGGAAAAACGGGCAACAAAAAACGUGCAACUUCUUUUGCAACAUUGCUACAAAACGAGUUAAAUAGCGAUGUUGCGCGUUUUUCCACCCAUGUUUAAAACCUGGUAACAGACUGAUUUGUUGCAAGACAGGUUUUAUGUGGGUGGUACAGGUUCGCAACAUCGCUAUUCAGCUCGUUCUACAGCAAUGUUGCAAAUUAAGUUGCACGUUUUUUGUUGCCCCUUUUCCCGUACCUUAACCAGUUGUAGGUCGCUUAAGUUCCGGAGUCUUUCCCGCACGCCCUAAUAGUCCAAAACUUCUGCCCGAAUAUUUGGGUAAAACUACUGCUCAAGAAUGCGAAAACUUCUUCACAAGUUCGAUUGACGUGAGUCCCUCAAGGAUAAUAGGGAACUUAAACACCAGACGUUCUUGAUUUACGAACGGCAUCGCUGGCCGCGCAGAACUCCAUCGGGGACGCGGUUUGAGUGCAAAAUGCAAAUCAUUGAGCAGAACAACGUAAAAACAUCACGAACGAAAACAGAAUAAUUCAGUUGAAAAUGCCUUUCGAAGAUUUGCGUUAAGUUUUUUUGCUUUGUUACGAAGAAACAUGAUUUCAGAUGAAGAAUUUCUACUUUUGUAUGACGAAUACUCUUCAAAGAACCUAGAAUUUGGGCAUGAGCCUCUGGUUUCAACCUGAGAACUCGCGUUUUGAAGUCCGUUACCGCAGCUCAAGAACGUCGUGACAUGCGCAGUGGCUGUCAUGCUGCAAAAAUACUUCCUGUUGGCGUCCGUGUCACCAAGAACGCCUGAUGCUUAAGUUCCAUAACGCCUUUUCUUAAGCUCCAAAUCAAUAGGGCGAUUUAUACGAGGAAAAAUAAGACGCGUCUUACAUAAGACGCGAACUUUCCGUAUAAACGGCACAUUUCGUCUAAAAUAAGACGCGGCUUAGCUAAGACGCGUCUUAUUAGAUAGGACAUGCUCGUAUAAAUGGUACAGUUCGCGUCUUAUUUAUUAAGACGCGUCUUAUUUUUGCUCGUAUAUAUGGCCCUAAUGGCUUAACGAUCGCUAAGUAUUAAAACACAGCCGUCAACACAGCCGUCUCUCGUCGCUUCAAGCCGCUAGGAGGAAAAAGUUUUAAUGAUUUUUUCGGCAAUUGUUGUUUAUGUCUCAUUCUGUAGAAAAACAAGAUAUAAAUAUACGAAAUCAUCUAAGAGCAAUUCAAUUUAAUUUUUAACCCUACCAUAUUUUUGAUCUAGAAUAAACGUUUUCAGUUUCAGCACUCUUCUGAACAAUUCUAAACGGACAGUAAAAUCCAAGAUGGCGGCCGUUUUAAUCCCUUUGGGUCAAGAGAGGAUAAAGGGGACAGAGAAGGCGUCCCCCAUACACACUCUAUUCCAUAGGUAAUUCGUCUCGAGUUAUUUUUAGAAUCGGGAUAAAGUUACCUCGCGCGCUGCGUGGAUGUUUUGUGGAGGUUUUUGGCACGACUAAACGCCGUACAAAACACGUCGGGCGAAAGGCAAUGAAAGCGUAAAGAGAUCGAGAGCAUUCCGGAAUAUUGAAGCAAAAUGAGUCGGCACUCACCUUGGAAAAUGGAAUCGCUGGACUCUUUGACAACCCGUGAAAUCAGUUUAACUCAAAGUUGUCAUAACCUCAGUGCUUUAAUAAAAUGAGAAAUUUCGACGGUCUUUUGAAACCGGUCAUUUGUACAAUAAAGCAAGUAGGACGCUAAGUGUUAUUUUUGUCGAAUAAUAAAAGACAGUAAUAAAAGAAUAAAUAUCAAACCAGAAAUUGCUCUCUUCAAACUGUAAAUUAUAAAUGAUCCUGAGAGAAUAUUUAGUGUGUUAAGGAUUUCCAUGCUGUACUGUUAGCUCUAUACAAGAGAGGAAGGGCGAUUCUUUUUUAAUUUCCGUUUCGCUGACACAGCUUUAGCAGAAAUCUCUCUGUAGUCGUUUUCGUCGACAAAACGAAUAGCAAUAUCGCUCUCCGCGUCUUCCGCCAUUUUGUUUUGCGUCAAUUCGUGAAGGACGCGUGGCUCUGAGCGUGGGUCAUCCACGCGGAACACAUUCGCGCUAUGUGAUUGGCUGCUGUCUAAUCCCCCUCGGGAUCUGUGGUCUUAAAAAUAACUCGAAACGAAUUACCUAUGGAAUAGGGUGUGUAUGGGGGAUGCCUUCUCUGUCCCCUUUAUCCUCUCUUGCUUUGGGUACAAGCAAAACUAAAUUUUCCCCACCUCCCUCACACCCCCGUGGCACAAAAUGGGGACAUUUAAAUCUCCGUUGGGUUUUUUUUAUAUGUUACAACAUUGAGUAAAGAUUAGACGGUCAGCGAAAAGCCCAAAUGAGAUGAGCUUUACAACUGUGAAAUAUUCAUAUGUGACAUGGCGCUGCCCGGGACCGGUCCGUCAUUUACGAGAUGUGGAACAUCAUGGCUGCAGUUGUUUUAUGUUUCUUGGUCUAAAACAGACGGGAUAAUUAAAUACUUUGCCUCUUUUGGACCUU